AUGGAGUUUGACCUCCAGACUCGUUAUCAUGGAGCUCCACCUCCUAUGGAUACUCGUAACCACAUGAUGAGCCCACCAGGGGGACGGCUUUCCUACCCUCCAACUGGACAGCCACUGCAACCACCCAGGACCCAUGAGUGGAGCCACCCGGCUCACUUGCCUCAAAAUGCCCUGAGGCGAGAUCUUGGAACAAUGAGCACCCCAGAGAGCCCAGAGUAUAUCAUGGAAAGAAACAGCCGGCGAGCUGCCGAAAAGCCCACGGCAAGCCCACACUACCACUCCCAGAGACGGACCUCCAACCGGGAUGAAUUUGAUGGGCCGCAUCAACUCCUGGAACCACCUUCCGCACAGGCCAUUGCAGCCCAGGACAAGGAGCUCCCUCAGCUCCCUACUAACCUCGAUGCCUCAGAGCAAGACAAGAUCUUGCACAAAGUCAAUGACCGCCUAUCCCAGUGUGCCUAUGACUUCGUCGCAAAGUAUCAGUUCCGUGUUCCUAUCGAGCAGGACAAGAGACCCGUCAAGGUCCCCUCGGACCGCGAGUGGACUGAGUGGGUUCACCUCCUGAAGCGGCUGGCAACUACACGGCGCAUCCCCGCCCAUCUCCUGUACAAUCGCCAAAUCAAGCAGCUCAUCACCGUCCUGGAAAACUCCCUGGAGAUGCGCCAUGCUGCCAAGCACCAGUCCAGGCCAGUCAAGGACGACCGCAAUGUGCUCCAGCUCAUUUCUGCCGGAAUCCAGGUUGCGAAGAUCCUCAAAGAUUCCAGCGCCAUGCAGUUCCUCGAUUGUCUUUAUGUGGACACCGAGAAGCUCAUCCUCGAGCGACGCGGCCGUCGUGUGAGAUUCGCAAACCCUUGA